AUGCCUCCUCGAAACCGGAAAGAACGUCGAGCAGCACAGGCUGCAUUCGCAGCAGGCAACGAUGAUUUUGACCCUGCAUCAAUCCCCCUUGGCCGCCCUCCGGCAAAUAGCCCUUCCGAAAAACCAAAGACAAAAACUCUUUACGAACUUGCAGCUGAAAGAGAAGCGGAGCUAGCGCGAUCCAGGCCAAAAAGUAGCCUCGAACCACAGCCAGAUACAGAAUUCGUCACUAUCUCGCCUGAAGGAAACAUAAUACGAACCAAUCCUUCCAAGUCACCCACGAAUAGUGUACCCAGCAACCCUUCUACGGACGAGGCCGAUGUUGAUGAACCAAUACCCCCGCUCCCUGACACGAUACUCCUCUCUCUGCCUCUCUCCGUUCUCCACCUUACAUUGUCAUUUCUCGCUGCACACCAAUAUGCCCAAGACAUCCCCCUCCGAAAACUCAUCCAGAACACGGCCUUUAUAUCGUUCCCUGUCCUCACUUUCGUCAUUCAUCUUGCCCAUGGCCACAUUAUCUCUUUUGACAGAUUCGAUUUCAGAAGCAAAGGAUACAGGCAGCGGGAUGGAGAGGACAAGAAUACGAAAAAACGACAGGAAUCUACGGGCGGGAGCAACACUUUGUUCGGAAGGGUCCUCAGCUAUCUCUUUCCCCCUUCAGUAAAAUCCAUGGUAUUCUUUCCCAUGGCCUUAUUUUUCGGUGGACGGUUAAUAGCUAUGACGAACGAGGCGUCCUAUUACGCUGUUAUGAAGAAGACGCCUUCUGUCGGCACACUAUGGGUUUGGGCAGUACUGGAGCUUUCCUUGGUGCCUGCUAUUUUCGGAGUUCUGACCCCAAUCUGCUGGGCUGUUCUAUAUAAAGGAUAUGGGAUUAUCUGA